AGCAUUAACAAGCAGCAACACUCAUCGGGGUAUUUUUUUUUUAAAGUAUAAUUUUUCACAAUCAUCAUAGUAGAGCCAUCACGUUUCUAUUAACCCAAUUUAUACCAAGAAUAUCAUACAUAAGAUGGACGAAUCAGUAUUCUACAUAGCGGAAGGUGAUCCUACCGAUAAGAAUUCUCAAGAAUCGUUUGCCUCAUCUACUUCAAUCCAUACUUCUCAACAACAUGCAUCAUUCAGACAAGCUGAUUGUCCUAAGAAUGGAGCAGUGUUAACUGGAUUUGGUCAAGGUGAAAGAUUAUUUGUAUCGUCUAUAAGUAAAGCUAUUAUUAAUGUGUAUUCAUGGGGGAAAGAUGGGGUUGAUCAAAGAAUCCCUAUUCCUGAAGCUUUAACUUGUUUAACUAUCAUAAAUCAACCAACUACCUUUCAAUUCCAUCAACAAUUUCAACAAUAUCAUCAACAUCAACAAUCAAAUUCUAAAUUACCAAGUUUCAAAAUUCCAUGGUUAUUAGCGGGUGGUUCUAAGUCUGGGAAAUUAUAUAUCUGGGAAUUAUCAUCCGGGAAUUUAUUAUGUGUGAAAGAUGCCCAUUAUCAAACCAUCACUUCCAUAAAAUUUUCAAAAUGUGGUACUUAUUUAAUCACUGCCAGUGAAGAUUCAAGAUGUAUGAUUUGGAGAACUCUUGAUUUGAUUUCGAUUUAUUAUAAUGAUGUUGAUCAUAUGAGAAGCAUUAAACCUUAUUAUGCUAUUUCUGAUAAUACUUUAGCUAUCAAUGAUAUUGAAAUAACUUCCAAUGGCUUAUCAAAUGAUUUAAAAUUAUAUACCGUAUCAAAGGAUACUACAUUAAGAAUUUAUGAUAUUACUUCCAAACAAUUAUUAACUACUUUUAUUUUACCAUAUCUGAUUGAAACUUUAGUGCUUGAUCCUGCCAAUAGAGCUGUCUAUGUAGGAUUAUCUAAUGGAUUAAUCAGAUCAGUUCCAUUAUAUAAUCUUAAUCCAAAGACAUCAAUCUUAGAAAGUGUGGGAGGUAAUUCAAAAAUCAUAACUGUCGAUAAUGAUCCAAAUUUCAAAACUAGUUUCAUUCAUCAUCAACAAAGAACAUCAUCAUUGAAUCAAAAUAAAUCAAUCUUACAUAAAUCAAAUCAUGAAGAUGAUGCUAAUAAACCUAUAUACAUUACAAAAUUAUCUAUUUCCUUAGAUGGUACCAAUAUAAUUUCAGGUGAUUCAUUAGGAAGAGUGUUUGCAUCAGAUAUCGUUACUAAACAAGUUAUAAAAAGUUUCACUCCUUGUAAUUCACCUAUAUCUUAUAUACAUGUCAAUUCAUCACCAUUAGGAUUAGUGAGUGAUUCGAAUAAAUUAGUCGAUAAGAGACAUAGAUUAUUACCUCAAUUAAAGAGAAUCUUGGCUAGUAAUGAGCAAGUUGAUCAUCAAUUAUUAAUGGAAAUCCCAGCUGAAGUGGAUGAUGAUGACGAAGAUGAUGAUGAAGAUUUUGAACAAUGGUUAUCUACCAAAGUAUCCCAAGAACUUGAAUUCAGAAACCUUUCCACUAUAAAUAGUACAGUUAAAACCAUUGCUUCAAAGAACACUAAUACUAAUGUUCAUGCUUCUGCUAAUGAAGAAUUACAAGAUAAAUUAUCAAAAGUUUCCAAUGCUUAUAACGAGUUAAGAAAAAAACACGAAGACUUGAUAAAGGAGCAUUCAAAAGUAUUAAAUAAUUUAUAAGAUUACAAGUAUAUAUAUAUAAUA